UAAUCGGUCGAUCAGUGGUCACACCUGAAACCGGGCUAACUUUUGAGUUAAACUGAGUUCUUUGAGAAUUAUCAUUAAAAAUAAAUAUGGCCACCUACGAGGAAGUCAAGGACAUACCAAACCACCCGGAGAAGUACCUGUUCGAUGUGCGCAACGAGUCGGAGCUGAAGGAGACGGGCGUCCUGCCCGCCAGCAUAAACAUUCCACUGACUGAGCUGGAGAAGGCACUGAACUUGCCGGAGAAGGACUUCGCCCAGACUUAUGGACGCGCCAAGCCGGCCGUCGAUGCGGUCAUGAUCUUCUCGUGCAAGGCGGGAGGACGAGCUGCCCGGGCGGCCAAUCUGGCCAGCACGCUGGGCUUUACCAACGCCAAGGCUUAUGCCGGAUCCUGGACGGAGUGGCAAGCCAAGCAGUCCUAAAACAUUCAGUCUUUAAACAAAUCGAUUACAAAUCUAUAAAAUGGUAUAAUAAACUAUACAACAAUAACACAUUUAAACAGUCUA